AUGCCACCGCCCGACGGCCGGCGCGGUCUGGCACAGCGCGUGCUCGAGCUGGACGCCGAGCUGGUCAAAGAAGGCCAGGCGCGUACCGCCGUUAGUCUUGAGAGGGACGAGCUUCAGGCGGCGCUCGUGCGCGAGCGCCAGGCCAGGACGCGGCAGGCUGCGGCUGCUGACGACGGCUUGAACAGGCUCGACUCGUCAUCCUCCGUGGUCGGCCAGCUGGUUGCCCAGCACGUGCGGGCGCGCGCCGCAGCCACCAGCGGCUCGGGUACCAAACUGGCCGACAUCCGGCGGCGGGCCUUUGGGCAUCCGUCGCCCUCGGAGGAGCGACCCGUGACACCGCCCUGGCUGCGCUCUGCAGAGACGCUUGGCUCGACGCCGACGCCGCAGGAGGGGCCGGCGCUCGACGAGGCCGACCGGGAGGCGGCCGCCCGGGUUGCAGCCCGCAUUGCGCCCGUGAGUGCAGAGGGCGACGGCUGGGCAAUGGCGUCGGCGGCGAUGGCUCGGCUCGAUGCGCGCGAGGAGGAGGCCGAGGCCGCAGUGGCGGCUGCGCGGGAGGUGGUCGAGGAGGCGCUGCGGCGAGAGCUAGCCGCGGCGAGGGAGGCGGCGGCCGUUGCCUCCGCCUCGGAGUCGGCGCUCCGCGAGGAGCUAGCGCGGAGCUCGAGGACGCGCGCGGCGCAAUCCGCGAUGACGGCAGCCAACGAAAAGGCGGCGGCAGCCGAGGCGGCGGCGGCGGCCCUGACGCAGGCGGCCGCUCGGGAGACGGCGGCGGUCGAGGCGGCAGAAAGGGCAGAGGCGCGAGCGGCCCGCGCCGAAGAGGCUGCCGCCUCGCACAGCGCAGCGAGCCGGGGCAGGUCUAGCGAGCUGGGCAGGUCCAGCGAGCCGGCCGGCCACCCGCGGUCUGCCUUCGUGGCGCAGGCCCAGGCGGCGGCGGCGGCGGCGAGGGAGGAGCUCGGUGCGCAGGCGGUUGCGCACGGCCAGCGUGUGGCGACGCUCGACGGCGAGCUGGAGCGGGAGCGCGCCGCUCGCGCCGCCAGCGAGGAGCGCGCACGGGGCGCCGCACGCGAGCGGGACGCCACCGCCGAGGAGCUGCGGCGCUCGCGGCUGAACGAGGACGCCGCGGCGUCGGCGGCGCGCCAGAGCGACACGCGGCGCGAGCUCUCCGAGGCGCUCGCGCGCGAGGCUGAGUUGGGCGCACAGCUCAAGACGGUGCGCCGACAGCAGCAGCAGCUGGAGGAGGCGGCAAGCAGCGCGGAGAAGGCCGCCGCCGCCGCAAGCGCCACCGCGGCCGAGGCGGCCGCUGACACGUCGCGGGCGGAGGCGGAGGCGAAGCGCGCGCGGGAGGAGGCCGAGGCUGCGCGUGCGGCCGAGGCGGCUGCGCACGAGGAGCUCGCGGCGGCGGUGCGCGAGGCGCCGGCCGCCGGAGAGCCGCCAGGCGCUUCGCCGGAGGCCGAGUCCUUCCGGGCGGAGGCCGAGUCCUUCCGGGCGGAGGCCGAGUCCUUGCGGGCAGAGGCCGACUCCUUGCGGGCGGAGGGCGAGCAGCACGAGCGCGAGAUCGACUCCCUCCGCUCGCAGCUCCGCGACGCGCAGGCCAAGCUUCGCGACGGUGUCCGGCCUGGCGGCGGGCGGGGCACCGCGGCGCACGAGGCGGGCCGCUUCGCCCGAGGAGCCCCGCAGGAGGGGUGGGUGGUGGGAGUGAGCGGCGGUGCGGGCGGGCACGAGCUCGCCGAGAAGGGCCGAGAGAUGGCGGAGGUUGCCACGCGCGCUGCCGCCGCAACCGCCGCGGCAGAGGGGCAGGCGAGCGAGCAGCGUGCGCAGACCGAUGCGGCGCGGCGCAAGGAGGCGGAGGCGGUGGCCGCGACGGAGGCGGCGGGCCGGCGCGCCGAGGGCUUUGCUCGCGAGGCGUCGGCGCUGAGAGAGAAUCUCGGCGCGCGCGAGGCGGAGCUGGAGGCUGCGCUGGAGGCGAUCUCGGCGCACGGAGACAAGGUGGAGGCGCUCACAACCGAGCUGGCCGAGGCGGACGCUCGCCGAGAGGCGGCGGCGGUGCGCGAGGAGCAGGAGGAGGCCUGCGCGCGCGGCCAGUACCCGGUGUUUCUACGUUUGAGGUUUGUCUUUGUGUCUCGUUCAGCUUCAAAAGGAGAGUGCAUCUACUGGGCUGGGUCUCGUUAG